CAACAGAUCUCUGCAUCUUAUUUCAAUGGGACUUCAAUCGCAAGCAAAGCAGUCUAUCUCCUGGAUGGUAGCCAAUGGCCCAAUAAACUGCUGCUGAAUCUGACCACAAACAUGAAUGGACUGGCUGCCUUCUCCCUGAAAACUGCUGAUCUCCCUGAAGCUGAUCUGAAUCUGGUGGUAGUGUUCAACUUGCUCCCAGUGCGAUCACUAUCAGAUUAUCCGUAUCCUGUGGAGGAUGAACGGGAGUGCCUGAAUGUUCGACCCCGUCGAUCGGUUCCUACAGACCAAGCUUUCGAAGCUUUCAAGAGUGUGGGGAUUAAGGUUGCAACAAAUCUGCCUGUCCAAGAACCUCACUGCCUGAUGUACAGAGGCCUGAAUUACUAUCGCAACUUCCCUUACAUGCGUUUUCAUGGUCCUGAAGCCUUUGCAAUGGCUGCUGCACCUGUAGGAGUGGGCGCUGGAGGCGAGGGCACUGGAGGUGAUGGCAGCUCCUCUUUUGAUGUGACCGUCAGGACUUACUUUCCAGAAACCUGGAUCUGGCAGCUUGCUCAAGUGGGAAACACUGGAUCCACACGAGUUCCUCUGAAGGUUCCUGACACCAUCACCACAUGGGAGACUGAGGCGUUCUGCCUGUCCUCCAAAGGUUUUGGCUUGGCUCCUCCAGUUCAGCUGACUGUCUUCCAGCCCUUCUUCCUGGAGCUCUCCCUGCCUUACUCCAUCAUCCGUGGAGAGUCUUUUGAGCUGAAGGCCACGGUCUUCAACUAUCUGUCCAAGUGCAUCAUGGUUAAAGUGACUCCAGCUUCUUCCUUGGACUUCAGUCUUAGACCUUUAAAUGAGCCGUAUUCAUCCUGUCUCUGUGCCAAUGGGAGAAAGACCUUUAAAUGGAUUCUGUCCGCUUCUGUUCUCGGAUCUGUAAAUGUGACUGUCAGUGCUCAGGCUGAACAAUCCCAGCUUCGAUGUGGCACUGAAGUUGUGACUGUGCCAACAAGAGGACGCAUUGACUUGGUUACUCGCAGUCUACUGGUUCUGGUAAGUGUUAACCAGGUUUCAGGAGUAAUGAGACUUUUCAUGGCCAGGUUGACCGCCUUCGUCAUGAGGUCUUUUGGCCUAGCAAGGCGUUUCAUCUUCAUUGAUCCCAGUGUCCUCCAGAGCGCAAAGGAUUGGCUGAUCAGCAAGCAGGGUUCAGAUGGCUGUUUUAUGCAGCAGGGAACUCUGUACCACAAUGACAUGAAGGGUGGUGUUGGUGACCAUGACUGGAUGACUGGCUACGUUGUUGCGUCGCUGCUUGAACUAGGUGUCCUUGUCACGGAUCCCAUCAUCACCAAUGCUCUGUCUUGCUUGAGGCCUGUUGUUGGGAACCUGGGAAACACUUACACCACGGCUCUGCUCGCCUACACCUUCAGUCUGGCUGGAGAGACCAGCACUCGAGCACAGCUUUUAAAUGCCUUGGACAAUGUUGCCAUUUCUGAAGGCACUAAGCUCCACUGGUCUCAGACUACAUCUGGUGACACUCUGGCGGUGGAGAUCAGCGCCUAUGUGCUGCUGGCAGUUCUCUUUGUACAGCCUCUCACGACUGCUAAUCUAGGCUAUGCUAACCGCAUUGUCAACUGGCUUGUGACCCAGCAGAAUCCUUAUGGAGGAUUUUCUUCCACCCAGGACACUGUGGUGGCUCUUCAUGCUUUGUCUCUGCUCGCCGCUGAAGUGUUCCGCAUGGAGGGCUCCAGCACUGUUACCGUACAGUCGUUGUCUGUGGCAGGAGAGGUUUACAACUUCGAUGUGAAUCGAGACAACAGGCUGCUGUAUCAGGAGAAGCCGCUGAAGAACGUUCCUGGCAGAUAUAGUGUUCGAGGGAAGGGCUCCACCUGUGUGUCUGUGCAGGUUGCAUGUUUUUACAACAUCCCGACACCCAUUAAAGCUUCCAGAACACUUGGCGUUGAAGUGAAGGUGGCAAGAGACUGCAAAGUGCGUGGAGCAGAUCUCAUGUUGAACAUCACUGUGAAGUACAAUGGUGCAAAACCAACUACCAACAUGGUUAUCGUGAACAUUAAACUCCUGUCGGGUUUCACAGCAGAUACGUCACUGCUUGGAUCUCCACCAGAUUCAUUUGCUCCAUUAGUGCAGCGGGUUGAUACUGGAGAUGACCAUGUGCUUGUGUAUCUGAAAGAGGUGAAAUGUGCACUGGAUAUGUUUUCUAUAUGCCCCCUUCAUGUGUGCUGCAUAU